AUGGCAUCAAGGAAUACGGUGCCCUUGCUCGUGGGCAUGAUGCUCCUGACGGGCGUCUGCAACACCCUCUUGACCAAGUACCAGGACAAGCAAUGUGUCCGCAAUUGCGACGAUCCCGAUGUAACAAAGCACAGGUUCUUUGAGCAGCCGACGCUGCAGACAGCGCAGAUGUUCGUAGGAGAGAUGGGCAGCUGGCUGGUAAUAGGCCUGAUGGCCCUCCACAGGCAGUUUGUGGCCAAGUCGUCGCCGUCUGCACAAGGGUACGAGGCUGUCGGGGCCAACGAUGGCGAGGAGCAGCAGCCGACAAGGGCGGACUCGCUAAGAGGCCUCCGGGUCUUCAUGCUAGCCCUGCCGGCCAUUUGUGACAUCUUGGCCACCACACUCAUGAAUGUCGGCCUGCUCCUGGUGGCGGCCUCCAUCUAUCAGAUGACUCGGGGUGCUCUAGUUUUGUUCGUCGGCCUAUUCAGCGUCAUCUUCCUUCGCCGCCACCUCAAGCUGUUCCAGUGGCUGGCUCUCUUGGGCGUCGUCGCUGGUGUUGCCGUCGUGGGUCUCGCCGGCGCCAUCUGGCCCGACGAGAAGGCAUCUGCCGCCGCAGCUGGCGGAGACGGCGAUGGGGAGGCUUUGACCGAGGUUUCUGCCGCCAUCAUCGGCGUCCUGCUCAUUGCGGGUGCCCAGAUCUUCACGGCCACACAGUUCGUCCUAGAGGAGUGGCUCCUUGAGAACUCACCCAUCCAGCCCAUCCAGGUUGUCGGUUGGGAAGGUCUCUUUGGCUUCCUUAUCACCGUCUUUAUCAUGAUUGUCAUGCACUUGACCGUCGGCCGCACUGAGUCUGGGAAGAACGGCUACUUUGAUAUGACUGAGGGCUGGAGGCAGAUGACAUCCAACAAGGCAAUCGGUCUUACAAGCAUUCUCAUCAUGAUUAGCAUUGGCGGCUUUAACUACUUUGGACUGGCCGUCACGAGAAGUGUCAGUGCCACCGCGAGGUCCACCAUUGAUACUUGCAGGACCCUCUUCAUCUGGAUGGUGUCCCUUAGCCUGGGCUGGGAAUCGUUCAAGUGGCUUCAGAUUGUCGGCUUUGGCCUCCUAGUCUAUUCAACCUUCCUCUUCAACGGCAUUGUACAGCCACCCUUCAAAUGCCUACACACCGAUGAGGAGGUGGAAGGGCUACUACCUGAGGAACCGAUUGAGCACCAGUAG